AUGCCUUCGAGCGAUAGCAACAAGCCCAGCGGCAACACUGGCAGCGGUGGCAGCACCGACAACACUGUCAAGGACCAGCCCAAGCCAAACCCUCCUAUGGAUAGCACGGCUGCCUCGCGCGGCGGUAGCGGCGGCGGUGCCUCCGAGUGGGUUCAUAAGAAUGUUAACUGCACCUGCGUCACCGACAAGUGCGACUGUUGCGAGAGCCUCUGCCAUCGCUAA